AGUUUCUAUUGCAAUCCAAAAUAAAAACAUGGCGUUCUACACGGCUAUUUUGGGACGAGCAUUUCACAAGAAUAAUAAACUUUUGUCUACUUUUUGUCGCAAAAGACUUUUUGAAGUGAACCGAACUAUUUGUAAUUACAAUUUGCAACUUUCUAAAACCAGAUGGAUGUGUCAAUGUAACGACAAACGACUUAAUUCCUUAUUUUCGCCCAAUCUGCAACAAAUUCGUUAUAUCUCACUCUCACCCGUCUCCAGAGAUAAAGAAAGUAUUUCAGAAAAGAUAGUUAAGGAUAAAAUUGUUACUGUGCCAAAUAUUUUGACAUUAUCUAGGGUAGUAAUGACACCAAUUCUUUCUUACUUAAUUUUAAAUGGUCAACUGAAUACGGCAUGUGGAGUAUUCGUAUUAGCAGGAUUAACCGAUCUCCUUGACGGCUAUAUUGCAAGAAAUGUUCCUGGGCAGAAGUCAGCCUUUGGAAGUUUUAUGGAUCCUUUAGCAGACAAAUUACUCGUGUCUACUAUGUUUAUUUCUUUGACCGUUGUUCAACUUAUGCCUUUACCCUUAACUGUUAUUGUUUUCUUAAGGGAUAUUACAUUAAUUAUUGCAGCCUUCUAUGUCCGAUAUAUCUCGCUACCACCACCGAGAACAUUUUACAGAUACUUCGAUGCAACCCACGCCACUUCUGAACUCAGACCCACUUUGAUAAGCAAAUGGAAUACGGCAUUGCAGCUGAGCACCGUAGCCUUAACUUUAGUCUCCCCGGUUCUUGGUUUACAAGACAAUUGGCUUUUGCCUGGACUCUGUUGGCUAACUGCCGGAACCACCGUUGAAAUUCCUGUUAUAUGUUCUCCAACAAGCCAGAGAACUUUCUUCAAGGGAUAUUGCAAUGGUGCUGAAGAAAUAAUAAGAGAUAGAUGUUGUAUAAUAAAAAAAAAGAACUUAACGAAAAUAAUAGGUUUCGACUUUAGUAACAACCAAUUAAACAGUUGGGAUAUUCUAAAGAAUAUAUCGAACCAUAGAAGAGAUGUAGAAAUUUUGUUAAUGGAUAAUAACGGACUAGAACCUUUACAAGAAAAGGAUCUUGUUUUUAAAUUUGAAGGAUUUAUUCGUUUAGAAAAUUUAACAUUACCACUAAACUCUUUACCGAAUAAAACUUGCCCUGGCGGUAAACAAUUUUGGCUAUAUUCGAAUAUUAGUGAUAAUAAACUAACUUGUCAAGGGAUAGUGGAUGUCUGCACAGAUCCUUGUCCAGAAAAUUCUGAAUGUCAUCGAGAUGGACCAGGUCUCAGACUCUGUCUUUGCAUGCCCGGAUUUCAUGGAUAUAAGUGUCUUAAAGAGGGAAAAUUCAAACUACCAGCAUAUUUAGGGUCUCUUUUAAGCGCAAUCGUUGCUACAUCAGGAAUUUUAUGGUUUACGCAAAGAAGAAAAAUUAUUAAGAGAGAUUAA